AAAUUUGAAGAGCGCAUGCGUGGGCGAGCUCCUUCCUUUUACCUCGUUGCACUUCGGAGAGCAAGAUGGGUCACCAGCAGCUGUACUGGAGCCACCCGCGAAAAUUCGGCCAGGGUUCUCGCUCUUGUCGCGUGUGUUCAAACCGUCACGGUCUGAUCCGGAAAUAUGGCCUCAAUAUGUGCCGCCAGUGUUUCCGUCAGUACGCGAAGGAUAUCGGUUUCAUUAAGAAAGACCUGAGCUCUUUUCUUUGGCACUAGCCUAUGGAGGUGACACCCAUCUCCUCCAUCAUGGCCAUCCUCAGACCCCUUGUGAAGCCCAAGAUCGUCAAAAAGAGCACCAAGAAGUUCACUGGGCACCAGUCAGACUGAUAUGUCAAAAUUAAGUGUAACUGGUGGAAACACAGAGGUAUUGGCAACAUGGUUCAUAGAAGGUUCGAGGGCCAGAUCUAUGCCCAACAUUGGUUAUGGGAGAAACAAAAAAAAAAAGACAAAGCACAUACUGACCAGUGGCUUCUGGAAGUUCCUGGUCCACAAUGUUAAGGAACUAGAAGUACUGCUGAUGUGUAACAAAUCUUACUGUGUUGAGAUCACUCAUGAUGUUUCCUCCAAGAACUGCAAAGCCAUCUUAGAAAGAGCAGCUCAGGUGGUCAUCAGAGUCACCAAUGCCAGUGCCAGCCUACACAGUGCAGAAAGUGAAUAGACAGCGAAUGUGUUUGUUUUAUUGGGAUUUAAACAAAACCAAUAAAACUGUAAAAACAAAA